ACGGGCAGAUCGGCGGCUGUGGGACACCGGCGCCGAGAAGCCGCAGCACGAGAGGGCAGGCCUGGGGCUCAGCGGAUCUCCACGCCGCUGGCCCUGUCCUUUUGCUGCCGCCACCACCACUGCGCCCGCGGGAAACUUUGCCCCGCCAAGUCCUCUGCCCUGCUGGCCACGCCGUAAUAGUUCACCUAACGGCCCCCGGGGCCCCGCACCGCGCGCGUGAUUGCCGCCCCGCCCCGCACAGUGCGUCCACGGCGCCGGGCCGCCAGGAUGCGCUACGCAGACCCCUCCGCCAACAGGGAUUUGUUGGGGAAUCGAACUUUGCUCUUCAUCUUCAUCUGCGCCUUCGCCUUGGUGACCUUGCUUCAGCAGAUCCUGUACAGCAAGAGCUACAUCAAGAGGUACUUCGAGUUUUACAAGGAGCCUUUAGAAUUUAACUCUACGAGAUGCCUGGAGCUGAGGCAGGAGAUCCUGGAGGUGAAGGUGCUGUCCAUGGUGAAGCAGUCUGAACUGUUCGAAAGGUGGAAGAGCCUCCAGAUAUGCAAAUGGGCAAUGGACGUCACAGAAGCCAACCUCUUCAAGUCCACCUUGGCCAGGUGCUGCAACGCCCCCAGCUUUCUCUUCACCACCCAGAAGAACACCCCAGCGGAGACGAACCUUAGGUACGAGGUGGAGUCCAGUGGCUUAUAUCACAUCGACCAAGAGAUCUUCAAAAUGUUUCCCAAGGAAAUGCCCUACUACCGCUCUCAGUUUAAGAAGUGUGCUGUGGUGGGCAAUGGCGGCAUCUUGAAGAACAGCGGCUGCGGGAAGGAGAUCAACAGUGCUGACUUUGUCUUCCGGUGCAACCUGCCUCCCAUCUCAGGGAUAUAUACCACAGAUGUGGGAGAGAAGACAGAUGUAGUCACCGUGAAUCCCAGCAUCAUCAUUGACAAGUUCCACAAGUUGGAGAAGUGGCGGCGGCCCUUCUACAGCGUGCUGCAGAGGUACGAGAACGCCUCAGUGCUGCUGCCAGCCUUCUACAACGUGCGCAACACCCUGGUGUCCUUCCGAGUCAAGUACAUGCUAGACGACUUCCAGUCGCGGCAGCCGGUCUACUUCUUCCACCCGCAGUACCUGAGCAGCGUGUCACGCUACUGGCUCAGCCUGGGCGUGCGCGCACGGCGCAUCAGUACCGGCCUCAUCCUGGUCACUGCAGCCCUGGAGCUCUGCGAGGAGGUGCACCUGUUCGGUUUCUGGGCCUUCCCCAUGAACCCCUCCGGCUUCUUCAUCACGCACCAUUACUAUGACAACGUCAAGCCCAAGCCGGGUUUCCAUGCUAUGCCCUCAGAGAUCUUCACCUUCCUGCGCAUGCACAGCCGCGGUAUCCUCCGCGUGCACACAGGCACCUGCAAUUGCUGCUGAAAUCCAGGCCCACCACGGGUGUCUCAGCUCCUGUUCUUCUCCCUGAAGGAUUCCUUGACCCUGCCAUUAUGGCUCUGUCACUCCCUAAGGAUUUAGGGUUUUUGUUUCGGUCCUGGGGAGGGAGACAGGGAGACAUUCAUUUAACAGGAUAGAGCACAGAUCCGGGUCUCAUCCAGACCUCUGGCUGCCCAAGUUUUAUAUGGGGAAACUCAGCCAUGAAGCACCAUCUAGAAUCUCACAGCUCAGAGGCCAUCCCUUUCAGGGAACAGUGUGAGUGUCCUGGUCACACCACCUGGCUGAGCUCAAAAGACUUCAGGGAUAUCUAAUAAAAAUCCGUGUUAGCAUAUCCCCGAGAGUCCAGGAGCUGAGAGCCAUGCCCCUUAAAACAGCUCUUGGACACACACAGCCUUGGUGCCUCUAGGUUCCAGCCUGCAUUUAACCUUUGACAACAAGGAAAUAAACCAGACCAGUCAUUUGCACUAAGAUCUUCAAGCCAAUGUUAUCGACUCAAUAAGUGCUUAGCAAUUCGCUUCCUGUUCUGUCUCCCUAUUUUCAGCUCCAUUUUAAUCAGGAGUUAUUUAUAAAGAUCAGUUCCUCUUUAUGUCCCCGAAGA